AUGUCGUCCCCCUCGAAGCGAUCAACCCGCUCGACACGCAGCUCGGCCACGCCCAGGCCCGAGGGCUCAGACCGAACUCCCAGAGCAACCCGUGCGUCCCAACUGGCAUCGAGUCCGCUCUUCUACCAGUCGUCGUCGCCCCUGCGCCAGAGCAGCGAGGCCAGCCAGCCGGGCCCUUCACAACCCCCUAGUUCUCCCCUCCGCCAGACUGAGACGCAGGAGAGCCGCAACGAUGGUGACCGCACGCCGCGGGCCAGCGGGGCCUUGAUCGGUGAUUCCUCGCCCAUCCGCUACGACCCCAGCUCGUCUCCCGGCCGCGCCGCGCAGCACUCGGACCUGCGCAGCGAGAGCAGCGCCCUCUUUGUUGGCUCUCAGCGCUCGCUGACCUUCCGCUCGCACCGCGGCGAUAUCAACUCGGAUCUGGCCAGGACGCCGCGUGCCCCGCGCCGUGUCUUCCUCGACGAUGCUGGUCGUGUCAUCAGAGAUGGCUCGGCUGUUCCCACGAGCGAUGGCAACUCCUUUGCGCAUCAUAACCCUCAUACCUCUGAAGCCAACGCCCUCGGAGGAUCCAGCCAGAGUCUAGUUUGGGGUACCACCGUGUCACUAGAGGAUACCUUCGUCUCGUUCCGGGAUUUUUUGAAGAACUUUACCAAGAAGUACCGCAUGUGGGCAGAUGGGGCGACCGAGGCCGAGACCAACGCCGACCCGACCGCCAACAGCAAGCCGUACAUGGAGGCUCUGGAGAACAUGCUGCUUCUCGGCACCAACAAGCUCUACCUCGACCUGCGCGACCUCAAGGCCUACCCACGUACCGUCAAGCUCUGGCACCAAACCCUCAACUAUCCUACCGAAAUCAUCCCCGUCAUGGACCAGUGUGUGCAUGACUGCAUGAUCGAGCUCGCUCGUAUCGAGAUGACGAACCAGCGCGCCGCACAAGUCGCUGCCUCCAGCAACAAUAGCAACAACAACAACAACAACAACAACAACAAUAACGCUCCUCAGCCGUCGCAGCAAAGCUCCGAGUUCGCCUACCCCAGCUCGGACCCGGCCACGCCCCGUCCAGCCGGUCAGCAAGCCACCCGCGAACCGACCCUCGAAGACCAGGUCAUGCAGACGCCUUACUUAGUGCGCCCCUUCGGCCUGGACAAGACGACCAACCUCCGCGAUCUAAACCCCUCGGAUAUGGAUAAACUGAUCAGCAUCAAGGGCCUCGUCAUCCGCACGACGCCAGUAAUCCCGGACAUGAAGCAAGCCUUCUUCAAAUGCAGUGUCUGCGGACACUCGGUCACGGUCGAGCUGGACCGUGGCAAGAUCCGCGAACCGACCGAGUGUCCCCGCGCCCGCUGCAAAUCGAAGAACUCGAUGCAGAUCAUCCACAACCGGUGUGUGUUUGAGGAUAAGCAGGUUAUUAAACUGCAGGAGACGCCCGAUGAGGUCCCCGCCGGCCAGACACCCCACGCCGUCUCGGUGUGUGUGUACAAUGAGCUAGUCGACUUCUGCAAAGCCGGCGACCGCGUCGAGUUAACGGGUAUCUACAAAGUUACUCCGGUACGAGUAAACCCCCGCCUACGUACCGUCAAGGCGGUGCACAAGACCUAUGUCGACGUGGUGCAUGUGCAAAAGGUCGACCGCAAGCGGAUGGGAGCCGACCCGUCCACGCUCGACCUGCCCGAAGACGAGGACAUGGUGCACGUCUCGGCCGGCGGGCAGUCUCUCGAUGAAGUGAAGAAGGUCACGCCCGAGGAAGAGGCCCGCAUCAAAGAGGUUGCGGCCCGCCCCGACGUGUACGAGCUGCUCGCGCGGUCGCUGGCCCCUUCUAUCUACGAGAUGGACGAUGUCAAGAAGGGGAUUCUGCUGCAGUUGUUCGGCGGCACCAACAAGACCUUUGACAAGGGCGCCAGUCCGAAAUACAGGGGGGAUAUCAACAUCCUGCUGUGCGGCGACCCGUCAACGUCCAAGUCGCAAUUACUGUCGUACGUGCAUCGGAUUGCGCCCCGCGGUGUGUACACGUCGGGCAAGGGGUCGUCGGCGGUCGGUUUGACGGCAUAUGUCACGCGCGAUCCGGAGACGAGACAGCUUGUUUUGGAGUCGGGCGCGCUGGUGUUGAGCGAUGGCGGUGUGUGCUGCAUUGAUGAGUUCGACAAGAUGAAUGAUGCGACGCGAUCAGUACUGCACGAGGUCAUGGAGCAGCAGACUGUGUCGGUGGCCAAAGCGGGCAUUAUCACCACGCUAAAUGCGAGGACGAGUAUUUUGGCUUCGGCGAACCCCAUCGGGAGCAGGUAUAACCCGGAGUUAUCAGUACCGCAGAAUAUUGAUCUACCGCCGACGCUGCUGUCGAGAUUUGACCUUGUGUACUUGAUUCUCGAUCGGCCAGACGAGAAGAAUGAUCAACGGCUGGCCAGGCAUUUGCUGUCCAUGUAUUUGGAGGAUAAGCCCGAGACGGCACAGACGAAUAACGACAUCUUGCCCGUCGAAUUCCUAACAACCUACAUAUCUUAUGCCCGGUCCCACAUUCACCCCGUCAUCUCCGACCCCGCCGCGCAAGAACUGGUCUCCUCAUACGUGGCGAUGCGCAAGCUCGGCCAGGACGUGCGCGCCGCCGAAAAGCGCAUCACGGCCACUACCCGCCAGCUGGAAUCCAUGAUCCGCCUGUCCGAGGCCCACGCCAAGAUGCGCCUCUCGCCCGUCGUCGAGGUCUCCGACGUCCGCGAGGCAGUCCGCCUGAUCCAUGCAGCUCUCAAGACGGCAGCUACGGAUGCCCAGGGGAGAAUUGAUAUGAGCUUGUUGACGGAGGGGACAAGUGCCGCGGAGAGGAAGAGGAGAGAGGAUUUGAAGGGAAUGGUGGUUAAGUUGUUGGAUGAGAUGACUGCUAAUGGGCAAAGCGUCAGGUAUAGUGAGGUGGCGAGACGGUUGGCGGAGGUUGUGGGGGGCCCAGGGGGCCAGGUGGAUAGCGGGGAGUUCGGGGAGGUGAUGAGGGCGCUGGAGAUGGAGGGAGCGGUAAUGAUUGUCGGAGAGGGGCCUAGGAAGAGUGUUAGGAGGGUUACUGGUGUUUAA